CCCCUGCUCGGAGCGCACACACCAUCGCCACCUCCUCCAUUGGCCAUCAGCCAGGAAGACACAAGAACAAGAAGCUAGCCCCAAAUGGCGACGGCGGCGGCCAUGGCGGCUGCCCUGGCGGUGGCGCUGGUGGUGGCGACGGCGUCGGCGGCGGCGCCGCGGAAGCCGGUGGACGUGCCGUUCCAGAAGAACUACGUGCCGACGUGGGCGGAGGACCACAUCCACUACGUGGACGGCGGGCGGGAGGUGCAGCUGUACCUGGACAAGUCCACCGGGACGGGGUUCCAGACGAGGGGUUCCUACCUGUUCGGCCACUUCAGCAUGCACAUGAAGCUCGUCGGCGGCGACUCGGCCGGCACGGUGACGGCGUUCUACCUGUCGUCGCAGAACUCGGAGCACGACGAGAUCGACUUCGAGUUCCUGGGGAACAGGUCCGGCGAGCCGUACAUCCUGCAGACGAACGUGUUCUCCGGCGGGAAGGGCGACCGGGAGCAGAGGAUCUACCUCUGGUUCGACCCCACCAAGGACUACCACUCCUACUCCGUCCUCUGGAACCUCUACAUGAUCGCGUUUUUCGUGGACGAGACGCCGAUCAGGGUGUUCAAGAACAGCAAGGACCUCGGGGUGCGGUACCCGUUCAACCAGCCGAUGAAGCUCUACUCCAGCCUGUGGAACGCCGACGACUGGGCCACCCGCGGCGGCCGCGAGAAGACGGACUGGUCGCGCGCCCCCUUCGUCGCCUCCUACCGCGGCUUCCACGUCGACGGCUGCGAGGCCUCGGCGGAGGCCCGCUACUGCGCCACCCAGGGCGCCCGCUGGUGGGACCAGCCGGAGUUCCAGGACCUCGACGCCGACCAGUACCGCCGCCUCGCCUGGGUCCGCGCCACCCACACCAUCUACAACUACUGCGACGAUCGCGACCGCUACCCCACCAUGUCGCCCGAGUGCCACCGCGACCGCGACGCCUGAGCCCUCCCUCCCUCGCCGGCGACGGCCGCCUGCCUCGGGAUUCGCGCGCGCCUAUGUAAACGUUUUGGGUUUGGGCUUAAUUUGAUGUACUUAUUACUACUAUGUGCCAUCACCAUGCCAUGCCGGUGUGCUAAUUGGGGAUUUGAUUCUGCCAAUUUAUUUGGUGAUUUCGGCUUGUGCUUGUGUACGCCGUGUGGUCGGUAAAUCGAUCAUCGAUUAUUGCUACGGUAAUUAAAUGAAUUAAUUUGGUCUUGGUGCCUCUUGUUG